AUGAGCAGAAGAGAUCAGAUAGAGAAGGAUAAGUAAGCAUUGCUUGCCAAGCCAUGGGUUAAGAAUCAUCCCAUCUUCACAUAUGAUCACAUUGCAGAAUUUUAUGAAAUGUUCGUUCUUUAUGCUGAACCCAGAACAAAGAAAGCAGAUGUGAGAGAUAUUCUUGUCACAGCCAAGACACUUGGUCUCACUGAUAAAUUCCCAAUUAUUGCACAUGCUCUUGAUGAUUUGGCCUCUAGUUAUGAUGAUGCAGUUGAUUUUGAAACAUUCAUCUCAGAUUUGACAGCUAAAUUAGGUCACCCAUUCGAUUAGAAGGGAAGAGUCCAAUUAUUCAAACUCAUCGAUGUAGAUGGCAAGGGAACACUGGACAAAGGAGAUUUACAUAAAAUAUCCGAGGAAUUAAGAUUCAAUUUGACUGAGGAUGACAUUGAAGAAAUCAUUCACAACGUUGCAGGCUACGAGGCUGAGGAUGUCUCAGAAGAGAAAUUUGAAAAAUAUUUAGGCAAAAGAGUUUAAAGAAGAUAAGUUGAAUAAGAGAUCUAUAGAAACAAAUGAAAAUAAAUAAAAAUAAAAAAUAUUAUCAAUAUGACAUAUUUUUAUUAUAUAA